AUUCGUGAAGUUCAACAUUAUCGUCAUCAAGUGGAAUUGGACUUUUCUGACUAUGUGGCAAGGACAUCGAAUCUAGCCUACUUGAGAGAGGCAAAAGCCAGACAACGCUCGGCCAUUCGUGCAUCGCGGAUUCGACCAUCGCGCGCCGAUCCUUCCCGACGUCCGAUCAGUCCGACACCGCCAACUAACAGUAACACAACGGCCACAACAACCGCGACCACUACAGAUACAACCACAACAACCGAGUCGAACACCGAGGACGACAAUAAGGUGCAUUCUCCAAGUGUUGUUGAACGUGAAAUUCUCUCGGGCCGGGUGGUAAUCAACAGGAAAGAGGAUAAACGAAGCGAUAGUUCGUAUGAAUCAACUAGCGGAGACUACGGCACCAGUGGAAGUACAUGCGCCACGUAUUUUGGUGGAAACGGACGCGGUGUUAUGCACCACAUUGAGGUGGAGAAUACCAAUGUGACGGCGUUCUGUUCGCAAACGAUUCGGGUGGAAUCCACACCGCGUGUUCUAUUUAACCAUCCAACGGAUUUGGAAAAAGAAAUUCUCCAAGUAAUUCCACGUGACUGA